AUGUCGCUCCUCCGCGGCGUCAAAGCCCUGAUCUCACACUCCGGGUCCUCAGAGACACCGAACGCUAGACACCCACGCUUCAAGACAGCCAAGACCGAAACCGACCUGUUCCCGGCCACGCAGCCCGAGAUUGACGGCGACGAGUGUCUGCACGACUGCACGAGCUGCACGACGCACUACCCGGCGCGGUUUUCCAUCGACACGGGCGACCGGCUGUACGGCCACGUCAAGGGCUGGAACACCCAUCUGGUCGUGGGCACGGGCAAGACCGACUGGGUGCGCGACGUGACGGACGAAAAGGGUUCGGUCAUGCAGGCCGUGGGCAAGGCCGGGCUGGACCGCCGGAAUGGCAAGCUGAUGCUCAGUGCGAGUAAUUUGCCGCCAAAUCACAGCCACGGCCACGCUGGCUACGAUGACGAUGGUGUCGAGCCCGGCACCAGUGAUUGUUUGUUGUUGCCUGCCUGGGUCGUGGUCGAGAGGGUCGCGCCUAGUAAGGUCGAGGGGUUGCUGAGAGAGGUGGUCGAGACGAGUGUCACGAACACCACUCCCCUCUCCACAAGAACCGUGGUGGUCAAUGGACAUGGACAUGGACAUGGCAAUGGCAAUGGGAAUGGGAAUCCACACGGCCCUACAGGUCAAACGGGAGAAAAGGUGCAGAAUCCUACAGAUCAAACGGGAGAAAAAGUGCAGAAUUCUACAAAUCAAACGGGAGAAAAAGUGCAGAAUGACCAUAAUGCUGCUAGUAAUGGUGGUGACGGCACGCCCACGCCCGACGUGUCGACGCUGCAGAUACAUGACAGAAACAAACAGCAAGACCAAGACCAAGACCAAGACCAAGACCGCACCGAUUCCCUCGAACCGCGAACCCUCCCGCCUUCGGUCUCUUCGUCCUUCAAGAUCCGGCCAAUCCCCCACGACUACCUCAUUCUGAUGUGCAGCCACAAGACCCGCGACGCCCGCUGCGGCCAGUCCGCCCCGCUGUUACGCAAAGAGUUCGAACGCAUCCUCCGUCCCCUGGGCCUGUACCGUGACAUGCACGACGACCGGCCCGGCGGCGUGGGCAUCUAUUUCAUCAACCAUGUCGGCGGUCACAAGUAUAGCGCCAACGUCAUGAUUUACCGACGCGAAGGGCACAAGAGGGACAACUCGGACGAAGAUAUCGAUGGGGCGCCCUUGGCCAAAGAGGCCGUGCAGUUGAUUUGGUUGGCACGCGUCCGGCCCGAAGACUGUGAGAAUAUUGUUCGCUACACCGUCUUGCAGGGCAAAGUGGUCAAGCCGCAGAGGCAGUUGAGAGGCGGGUUCGAUCGGGAGAAGGGGCUGACCAGCUGGUGA